AUGUAUCGCCAAAUACUACUUCAUCCGGAUGAUACACCAUACCAGAGAAUUUUAUGGCGUUUUAGUUCAAAGGAACCGGUUAAAACCUACGAGUUAAUGACAGUAACGUACGGCUUAGCACCCUCUUCCUUUCUUGCUACUCGCACCUUGCAGCAAUUAGCUGCUGACGAAGGUGGAGCUGAAUCAGUUGAUGAAGCUAUUAAACUGAGGACGGAAUUAAUCGAACUUUUAGCAAAAGGUGGAUUCCCCUUGCGGAAAUGGACCUCCAAUCGAUUAUCGGUUCUCAAUGGCUUGUCGUCCGAGGAGAUUGGAACUCAGUCGUCGAUAAAAUUUGAUGCUGAUGAAGCCGUAAAGGCGCUUGGUAUUUCCUGGGAACCGGAAUCCGAUAAACUUCUUUUGGAUUUUAAAAUUCGGCAACGUAAUGGGACGGCUACGAAACGGUCGAUACUUUCGGAGCUCUCUCAGAUAUUUGAUCCUUUGGGCCUGAUCUCGCCAAUACUCAUCAAGGGGAAAAUGUUAAUGCAAAAACUAUGGUUACUUCCGUGUGCAUGGGAUGAGGAAGUCCCAGUCGAAAUUGCUGCCGCUUGGGAAGAAUUAUCUUCACAAAUGCCAAAGGUUGCUAACUUCCGUAUCAGUCGCUACGCUCUUUUACCAAACGGUUCGGUUCAGCUUCACACAUUCUCAGACGCAUCGGAAGCAGCCUACGGAGCGUGUACAAUCACAUUACCUCGUUUGGAACUUUGUGCGGCCAAUGUAGCGGCAAAACUCUACGCUAAAAUUAUCCGAGCGCUUCAAAUUCCCAUCAGGAAGUCCUACUUCUGGUCCGAUUCAACGGUUACUCUUCAAUGGCUUCGCUCCCCGCCAAAUACUUGGAAAACUUUUGUGGCAAAUCGGGUUUCAGAAAUACAAGAAUUGACCCACGGAGCCUUUUGGAAUCAUGUCAUCGGUACACAGAAUCUUGCGGACUUGCUAUCCCGCGGUAUGAAUGUUGAUGACUUUCUGGAGAGCGCUUUGUGGAAGUACGGUCCAGAAUGGCUAUCCUGUCCCGAAAAUAAAUGGCCAAGCACAAAGCUCACGGAUUAUCCCAUACAGGGUAAAGAGCGACGGAAGGUAGUUACCCUUGUUGUUAGAGCUAAAUCGGUCUCAAAGGACAUUAAUCCAAUUUUCACCAGAUUCUCUUCCUUUGAACGUCUGCUCCGCACUACCGCUUACAUACUUCGAUUCAUAAGCAACGUCAAAUGUAAAACACGUACACAACCACAGCCGACUCAGCCCAAUCUGCCAGGAACCUACCUCACAGUUGAACGUAUAGCUCUCGCCGAGCAAACACUACUUCGCCUGGCUCAAGCAGAUGUCUUUCAGCAGGAGAUUAAGGAUCUACGAGAAAAUAAACUUGUAGCGAAACAUUCACCAAUUCGACUACUCUCUCCGUUUUUAGACCCAGAGGAAAUCAUUCGUGUAGGGGGAAGACUAAGACUCUCAGACCAGCCAUUUCUAUCCAAACACCCCGCCCUUCUGCCAAGUAACCAUCCAAUAACACGCCUUAUUGCCAAGUCCCAUCAUCUAUCACUUAUUCACGGUGGCGGCCGUCUCACCCUCGCUGCCACGCGAGAAAAAUAUUGGCCACUGCAUGGCAGAAGGCUUUGUCGCAGCAUCAUUCGUAACUGCUACCGAUGCGCCCGAGCCGAUCCACCAGCGACAACCCAACAGAUUGGACAACUUCCCUUGCAUCGAAUUACACCCAGUCGACCGUUUGCAAUAUCUGGAAUUGACUUUGCUGGACCAUUGUAUCUAAAAGCAGUACACAAGCGUGCUGCUGCUACAAAAGCAUACGUCUGCAUUUUUGUCUGCUUUUGCACGAAGGCGGUGCAUAUUGAACUAGUCAGCGACCUAUCAAAAUCAACGAGUGCAUUUUUGUCUGCACUGCGCCGUUUUAUCUCUUGUCGCGGCCGGCCGUCAGAUGUGUAUACAGACAACGGCAAGAACUUCGAGGGUGCCGCGAACGAUUUGGAGGAAGUCUAUCGCAUGCUUCAAAAUGAUUCGAAGAUGCAGCAGAUAAUAUCAGAUCGUGACUUUGGCCGUAUCUCAUGGCAUUUCAACCCGCCGAAAGCCCCACAUUUCGGAGGAUUGUAA